UUAUCUGAAUGGAAAUAGAUACCCACACCCACCCUCUGCAGAAAUGUCCACUGCCAUUAUGUACUGGCCAGGGCAGAAAGGACAUCACCGCAAGAAAAAUGCGAAAAUUAUUCAAGAAAAAAAUCAUUAAUCACUUGCUUUUCUUUAAACGCUUCUUCUUUUUCUAUUGUCAUUCAGCAGCUCCACACAAGACCUCCUAUGCCAGGGGAGAGGGAGGGCAAAGAGCACAUAGGCACACGAAAAGAAAAAGAAGACGUCUUGGAAGACCAAGCCCCCCACCUUCCCCAAGACACACAUGCACACACCACCACCUCCCCUUCCUUGUCAUCAGCGAGCUAUUUUUGCAUCCCACAAGUGACUUCUCUGCCCAUAAAAAGAAAGUAACUUUUUUGUUCGUUAGUACUAAGAACAGAAGCUCAGUAAAGUCAGGAGUCCUCACAGCGCAAGAGAGGAUGGCCUUGAGGCUACUGGAAACCGCAACAAAGGUCAGGUUGCAGGGGACCGUUGGAGAGACACCGUCACGUGACCUCUGGUACCAAAUGGUCUUCUGGCAGGGGUUUUCAGUAAGGACUGGAGCAAAAGAAGACGCUGCCAUCUCUCACAGAAAUGCAGAAGACAACAUACUACGACAACUCCCCCACACUUUUUGGUGGCUACUCGACCUACCAGGUGCAAGGAGCAGCAGCAGCUGCCAAUGGCUUUGGGGGCUAUGAUGCCCCGGCCCCAGUGUCCCACCACCGACCACCCUUCCAGUCGCCAACCCAUCUGGAUGUGGAUUCAUACCAACACUCCGCCUGCUCUUUGCAGUCACUAGGCAAUAACAGUUGCCACCAGCAGCUAGCCAAGACCAAGGAGCUGAAUGGCAGCUGUAUGCGGCCUAGUGUGCCUCCUGAGCACCACCCUGCCUCCCAGGUGUCCCCUCCACUGCCCCCCAAAUCCAGCAAUGGUAAUGCUGCUACCCAGCAGCCGGAGGGCAGUGCUGGGUCUUCGACAGUCUCUAAAUCAGGCCCUAAGUCAUCAAAUUCUUCCUCCUCCACAUCUUCUUCCACAUCAUCCAGCUCCUCUUCACUGCCACCCAACCCCACGCUGGCCAAGCAGAUUUUUCCCUGGAUGAAAGAGUGUCGGCAAACAACCAAGCAGAAAAACUGUUCACCAAGCAACAACUCCGCAUCAGGGGGCGCUGAGAGCGGCAGCAGUGGGGAGAAAAGUCCUACUGGAGGCUCAUCGGCAUCAUCCAAGCGAGCUCGUACAGCGUACACCAGUGCUCAGCUGGUUGAGCUGGAGAAGGAGUUUCACUUCAACAGGUACCUGUGCCGACCACGACGUGUGGAAAUGGCCAACCUGCUCAAUUUGUCCGAACGCCAGAUUAAGAUCUGGUUCCAGAACCGACGUAUGAAGUACAAAAAAGACCAGAAGUCGAAGGGCUUGAGCUCCAGCUCUGGAGGACCAUCUCCGACAGGUUCCCCUCCUUUGACCAUGCAGUCCUCUGCCGGCUUCCUGAACUCAUUGCAUCCAAUGGGAGGGGGAGGAGGGGGCCCAACCUAUGAGACCCCCUCUCCCCCAUCCUUUGGAAAGCUCCACCAGGGAGUGUCUUAUUCUAUGUCCACUGCCUAUUCCAAUGUUUCUAUGAAGGGCUGCCCUCCUCAGAAAUAUAGUGCCCCAGAUCCAGACUAUAGUGAUCCCCACCAUGGCCUAGUACAGGCCAACAAUGCUGGCUAUGGGACGUCAAAUAACAUGCAGGCCAGUCCAGUCUACGUUGGGGGUGUCAGCUAUGUGGAGCCUAUGGCUGUCUCUGGGCCCUCCAUGUAUGGCCUAAACCAUCUUGGCCCUACGCCGCCCCACCACCAAACCAUAGACUACAAUGGCGCAGGGCCCAUGUCAACUACCAACCAGCACCAUGUGGGUGGAGGGGGGCCCCAGGGUCCCACACACCCAACUUACACUGAGCUGUCAGCACACCACACCUCAACUCAGGGCAGAAUUCAAGAAGCACCCAAGCUCACCCACUUGUAGCAGGUCUGGAACAACAUGAUCAUUUAGGAAUUGGGGAAUACAACACAGAAAAAUGUAUCAUGACAUGACUCACUAAGAGACUAACCAAAAUGUGGGGAUUAUACCGCUGCAAUGGGACAGCAGGAGGGGCAAAGCAAGACAGGAAGGAGCCAUCCAGUGGUUUGUGAAAUGCCCUGUGCCACAAUAUGCAAGAAUCAGUGUUAAAUGUCACUGCCAUCAUUAGAGUAGUAUCAAACCUGUGGAGAAAACAUUCCUUAUUCCUCUGUUAUUUUAAAACAGCGUACUGAAGGUUAUAGUUGUCUGAACAAUUUGUGGUUUGGCUGAACUUCACUGUGCCAGUUAAAACCCACAGUUUACUGCAGUAAAAAAUAAAAAAAAACUUUUAUGUGUUCAAUAUUUCAUCUCUUACUAUGAAUCUUGCUUCACAUUCAAUAUAUUUUCAUUUUCAAAUUUAUUAUUCAACAUUAAUUUUCAUGUAGAUCUUUUAAGACAAUUAAGGAAUAAGUCGUAUAAAUGAACAUAGAAAGAGAUCUAAAAUUUUAAAAAAUUUGCAAUGUUUAAGUCAAUUUUUUGAGUGAGUAAAUAAACAUCCAUGUCCGCGGAUUUUAUAAUAAGUGCAUUAGUUGAUCUUUGUAGGCAUGGAGCAAAUUACAACAAUAGUAGAGCAAGCAUGGAGCAAAACAGAGAAGCCUAUAAUGACCCUUUAGGAGAUAAUGCAUGGUUUCAAAUUGUUGUUUGAUGGCGAAAUCUCCCCCUAAGACACAUAUAUACAUACAGCUCUCCUACCUGGUAGAUGAAAUAGUUGAGAUUUUAAUGGGCUGUUAAUGAGGUGGUUAGAUUUAUUAUGCUGACUUCUCUCCCCUGCAGGCAACACAUGUUGUUGUCAGCAGGGCUGAGCUAUGUGGAGGGCUCUGUUUCUCCAUCAGCUGGAACAUGAGUGAGAGAAGAAAUAUAUGGCUCAAGCUGGCAGCGCAGAUCUUUUUCUGAGCCUCAUGUUUUAUGAAGCACAUCAAAACCACUGGACGGCUUUCCAGCACCAGUCUUUUUUCUCCCUGCAGUACCCAUCUCUGUUCGUCUAGACCCAAUCAUUACUAACCCAAUCUCAACCCCCCCAUCCCCAUUCCCAGCACAGACAACCACAUACGCACACAUACGUAUUCAUCCGUCCCAUCACUGUAACAGGGUUUAAGAUGAGAGCUUAAAGGCUGAACUAGCCCGAACAGGCACACACUUGUUCUAAACUAUCUUUUGACACAGUUAUGUUGGCAUACAUAUACAGCAACACUAAGCUAACUUCCUCUCACUGAUGUAUGUCCACAAGCAGCUUGCCAGCUGUUGACAUCUUUAGACAAAAACAAGAGGGCACAGAAUCUACAAUUUUAUUGUCCUUAUUUUAGCACAUCAUCGACACAGGGUAAAUAAUAAGAGUGGAGAGGACAAUUUGUUUGUGUUUAAAUAAGUCAUUGAUAUUACCCACCUUACCUUACAACCUACCAUCCCAUUAAACACUUUGGUAGAUGCCAAUGUGUGAAAGACCACAUUUUCCAUUCUUUUGUUUUGUUCCCACAUAUCUUGACUUUUAACGUGGAAACAGGGUAUAUAUUUGAACAAAAAAAUGCAUGUCCCAGAUUUCUGAGCAUAUGUGUAAAACCGAUUUUGAAACAACUGGGUUUAUUUGUUCAUCUGUCAGUGAGGACAUUUUGGAAAAGAUACGUCAAACACUUCCGGCUGUUUAACCGGAUUGAACACUGUGGAGUGGGUAAGUCAUCCAAACUCACGGAUAAUCAGGAAGUAAAUCCCUAAAGUUGUUUUCAAAAGUUUAGAUUUUACACAAAUGCUGUUUUACACCUGGGCAUCAUUGUUGCACUUAGAGUUUACAUUUUGAUGGUUAAUGGUUAAAAAAAUAAUAAUAAAAUCUUAUUUUGAAGACGAAGGCCGUCCAAUCAAAGCGUCUUUUGCUAAUGUGUGUUCAAGCGAACAUUCACAUAUAAAUAUUUAUUUGUUAUAGCCAGUUUAAAAAGAGUUUCUGUUUUGUAUUAAUAUUAUUUAUCCUUUGUGUAUUUAUAUUGAGGAAAAAAUCAUGUGCUUUUUUAGUAUUUACCUGUAAUAAAAAAACAUUGUGUUUCCUCUUGUCCAUUGUACUGAAAUUAAAUUUUUUAUUCUUGCAUUUUAGAAUAAAAUAGGUAGUUUUUUUUUGUUAUUAUGAACCCUUUAUGUUAUUAUGAUCCUUGUACAUAAAUGUCUUGGCUUGCACAGGGAAGAGUCAAGUGUUGGGUAUGGAUAUCCACCCAUAGUCUGAAAAUAGAAACAAACUAUUAGCAGGAGAGGCAAAAAACUCAUUUUGGAGGAAACAUUUGUCUGUCCUUUGUAGUUCCUUUUUUCUUUCACUGUUGAUAAAGUUGUCUGUCAAACAAUUCUUUAAUAAAGCUUUAUGUUACUCAGA